AGCCAGGUGAAAAACCAAAUGACAGGAAUGACAGAGCUAUACGCAGAGCAGCAGCAUGGUAUGCCAUGCAUCUCUCUGCCAAUAAUGUGGCCGGACAGUUCCCUCAGAUUGUGCUAUUGACAGAUGAUGAGAAUAAUCGCAAAAUUGCUCAAGAAGAGGGGAUUGUGUGCUGUUCUGUAAAAGACUACAUAGAAAAUGUGACAGGAUUUGUAGGUCUAAUUGACAAGUUAUCAAAGAAUGUGAUGCCAGAGAGCUACUCAAAAGAUGCUCUGUACCCUGCGCAUCUCACUCCUGCACAGAUUCAUGACGGAAUCAGAAACGGGAAGUUAUAUCAGGGGACAUUCUAUGCAUCUAGAGACAAUUUCUUAGAAGGCACUGCUAAUGUUAAUGGCUUUGAACGAUCUAUCCUACUACAAGGUCAUGUAGGCAUAAAUAGAGCUGUAGAUGGUGAUUUAGUGGCCAUUGAAAUUUUCCCUGAAGAAGAAUGGCGUAGACCCAGUGACAUUGUCCUCGAAGACAAGGCUGAUGACCCUGGAGAUAAGCUUGAAGAGGAGUCGGUGCUUCUGGAAGCCGUUAAAAAUAAGACUAGCGAUGAAGAUAUUACGCCAACUGGAAAAGUAGUUGGGAUCAUUAGGAGAAAAUGGAGGCAGUACUGUGGUAUUUUGGCACCUAGUAAUUUACCUGGGGCAGUCCGUCAUUUAUUCGUGCCAGCGGAGAAACGGAUACCGCGCGUACGCAUAGAGACGCGCCAGAGCGACAAGCUCGCUACGCAGAGGAUUUUGGUGGCUUUGGACUCUUGGCCUAGGAACAGCCGGUAUCCGCUCGGGCAUUUUGUCAGGGCUUUAGGACCUAUAGGUGACAAAGAUGCUGAGAAUGAAGUGAUUCUGCUAGAGCACGACGUGCCACAUGCGCGCUUUAGCGAAGCCGUCCUCGCUUGCCUGCCACCAGACGACUGGACCAUUCCGGAGGAGGAAGUAAAAAAGCGAGUGGACCUCCGGUCUUUAUGCGUGUGCUCAGUCGACCCACCGGGCUGUACAGACAUCGACGACGCGCUACAUGCGCGGCCCAUCGCCGGCACCACGCCCGAGGGAUUGAACAAGUUCGAAGUGGGGGUACACAUUGCUGACGUCACGCACUUCGUAAGGCCUAACACCGCAUUGGACAAGGAAGCCGCAAACCGAUCGACGACCGUGUAUUUGGUUGAUAAGAGGAUCGAUAUGGUGCCAGAACUUCUGAGCUCUAACCUCUGCUCGCUUCGCGGCGGUGAGGAGAGAUUAGCUUUUUCGUGCGUGUGGGAAAUUGACGAGAAUGCCAAUGUCCUAAGUACUAAAUUCCACAAGAGUGUUAUCAAGGUAAAUUGUACAAUAUAAUAGACUCAACAACAG